AGAGCUCAUGUUUCUUUAAAUGGUAAAUGGAAGGCAGCUUUUUACCUGUUUAACUCAAACUGAAUUCGUAUUUUUUGCACUCUGUGAACUGGUUUAAAGGAAACGCUGCAUCCCUUUGGCCAAAUCCAUCGAGCAAGCAGGCAGUGUGGUGGGGGAAUUAAAGUGACACAGCUUUAUUAUGUGAAAGUAAAGCAGAGCAGCUCACCAGGGCGCAGAAGAACAAGCAGCUGAUGCAGAGGGCAGUUUUUCUGCACAGCACACUUGGAAAGUCAGGACCCGAAGGCAUCUUGAAAUAGAAAUUCAAAAGACAAGGAGGAGGAGAGAAAGGAGGGGAGAAAGGAGGGGGUUUUAGAGGGAGAGCAGUGGUAUGCCAGGCUCAAAACCUAGCAUGGCUGUGCAGAAGAAACACAGUGACAUCCCUCCAUCGCAGGGACCACUUUCUACACGUACCAUCAAGAGCCAGACGAAGAAAAAUGGAUCUGAAAGGACAGGAGACAAUGGUGGUUAUAUCAAACCAAAUUCACAGGCAAAGAAAACAGCGUGCUCUGUCAACAAGGCCGCCCAAAUCUGCAACACAGCCUCUCCACGGGCCCCUGCAGUGGCUAAUGGACAAAAUGUUGAUGAGAGGCUGAAAGCAGCUCGGGAAAGAAGAGAGGAGCACCAGAGGUUACUUGCCUCUCGCGAACAUGGCAGGAUGGAGCGGGAGCAGCGCGCCAGGCAAUACUAUGAGCAACAACUGCAGGAGCGCAAGAAGAAACUCACGGACCAGAGGGUCAAAGAGGAGAGGAAGCGUGUCGCCGUGGAAGAGAAGCGCAAGCUGAGACUGAGGGAGGAGAAAGAGCGAUAUGAAACUGUAGUGCGGAGGACAGUGGAGAAGAGCCAAAGGGCCCAACAGAGCCUCAGUCUAAACUCAAGAGGAAGAAAACUCUCCAAGAACGUUCCACGUCGCUUGCCACUGACAACAUGGGAGAAGAACUUGGUCAGUCGCCUGCUUACCCCCACAUGCUCUUAUCUGGCCAGGAGCAAGAGUGCUGGUUGUCAGUCAGGAGAAGAAGUUGUCCAUGUUUGUCGCCGUGCAGUUUCAUUCCACUCCAUGAAUUCCACCACCACCCCUCACAAACCCCAGCAGCACCCUGGUGCAGUCGCCCACAGGCCAUCUGCCUCCUCCAGCCCCAACACCAGCCAGCACAGAAGCAUCAAUCUGGCUCAGAUCAAAGCAUCAAGACAGCAAGACGCUAAAAAGAAGAACUCAAAUACUAGAUCACCUGCCGUCAGCGCCAGUGUGAAACCAGCCAAAGUUACAAAAAGUAGAACAACCUCCCCCUCACCUGAACGAACCCCCCGGAGAUCAAUCAGCAGACACUCACCCCCGCUGCAGCUCGAGCUCCCGUCGGUCCCCGAGGAAGAGGUUUCUGUUUGUAUCUCUGUCCUCUCUCCUGGUAACUCGAGGCCCAUCAGGAAAUCAGCCGAAGGUCAGCAAGUGAGAAUGAGGGAUGAAAGUCCACCAGAGUCUCCAUGUUCGAACCUGCCCGACAAAGAGACAACAGCUCAAACCAGAACCGUGACACAUAGAAGUCCUCCCCAGAUGCCUCUUCCUCCAGAUCCACAGCCUCCUGAAGUCACGAGUAGACCUUCAGCCGGGACGACGGACGCGGGGCAGGCCUCACGUGUCCUGGCUGAGAAGAGGAGAGAGGCCCGACUGCAACGGGAGAGAGAGGAGCAGGAGCGCCUGCAAAGGGAGGAGGCCGAAAGGCGGAGUCGUGAGGAACUGGAGCACAGGAGGGCAGACGAGCGAGCACGACAGCAGGCUGAGGCUCACCGUCUUGUAGAGGAGAAGAUGAAACGGGAGGAAGAGGAGCACAGACGAGCCGAGGAAGAAAGAGCUCAGGCCAUGAGGGAAGCCGCACUUCUGCAGAAACAGAGAGAGGAGGAACAAGCCAAAGAGAAGGCAAAAGCAGAACAGAUUCAACAGGAGAGAGAAAUAAUCGCACAGAAAGAGGAGGCAGCUCGUCAAGUUAGGAAAAAGCGACUUGAGGAGAUCAUGCGGAGAACCAGAAGGACAGAUUCUCCAGAUACAAAAUCUGUACCAGUGAGGAUUUUGCCAAAUGAAGCCCAACCAAAGGAAAACACCGAGCCCGUGCACAAUGGCACCAUAGAAGAUGCCGUCAAGCUGCCAGUGGUUACAAAGAGCUCGCAGCUGGGGCUGAACAACGAGGAGGACAUGGUGCCUGUUGUGGCCUUCAAAGAGCGCCGGUCCCUCCGGACUCUCACGGGCCUGGAGGAGAUCCAGACUCACCAACGAGCAGAGGUCAUCUGAGCAGCUGCAGGGGGGCAGACGUGUACACACACACACACACACACACACACACACACACACACACACACACACACACACACACACACUUUGAAGAGCUGCAAUUUCUCUGCUAAACACAGAAGUCACUGCGGCACGGCCAUUUUGCUGCCCUUCGGCACCUUGAAAGAGCAUGUAAGAUUACAGCCUUGCCUCUCACUAAGGACGUCAGCGUUUGGUCACUUUUCUGUGUGUAUCCAGUGGCACAAAUAUUGGGCAAGUUAUUUAUUACUUCCUUUCAGCACAGCGGGUUUCUGAACUAGUGACGAUCCAAAAACCAGUAGAUGUGUGUAGACGGUGGUGAGGAGUGUUGAAAUACUAGGAACAGCCAUUCUAACAGUCACACCAUGUUAGCCAUAUGCUUUUUUUUUUGCUUAUUCCUGAUAUUUCUUACAAUCUAAGCACUUUUCCUUCCUCAGUUGUGUCACUGUUGAACUAGAAUAGCUCUAAGAACACAAGAGUUUAGGUUGUGAAGUAUAGCGAUCGCAUAUUUCAAAGCUGCUAAGGAACUUAGUUUCCAAAGACUUUGCUUCAGUUUUGUGAGUGUUGUUUUAGAGGAUACAAUGCACAAAGCCUUUAUUGCACUAACAGUUUUUUUGUUUGAUAUAGCGCAUAUAUAUAUAUAUGUAUAUCACUUUACAAAGCAAAGUUGGAGGCGUAGAGGUUAGGCGAGUUUAUUAUAAUAAAAGAAUAUAAAAACAAAUGUAUCUGAUCUUGUAGUACAAGUAUUGCUUAUAACUAUCACUUGUUAUCCUGUUAAAGUUUAAAUAUAUGCCAUAUUUCAUUAAAGUUGAUACUAUGCCGCA